AUGCUCACUGCAAACUCGGUGUCGCGCCUCACUAUGAUCACUGCAAUGGUGAUCGCGGCUUUGGUCGCAUGCGUUUCCAUAGCCCUGCCGCGAACGUCGUUCGCCCAGAGUACGGCGACCGAGGCGGAGCGCGAUUUCAUCGAACGGCAAAUGCGCGAACUCGCCGAGAGUACCGAGGUAAUCGCCAAGACCGACGAUGGCGAACGAGUGGCUCAACUCGUGGAGCAUCCGAUCUUUCGCUACUCCGAUCAGCCUCGCGACAUUUACAAUGCCACACUGUGGGCAUGGCAGCUCGACGGUCGCCCGGUGGUGCUGCAAAAGAUCGAGGCGGGGAUCGAUCACAACGACAAUACCACUCCGCGGUGGACGCACUGCCUCACGUCGUUCAGCGAACAUCGGGUCGAUGUCAAUUGGGAUGGCGGGCGGCGGUAUCAGUCACGCAAGCCGGGAAUUGAAUAUCGGAAGAUCGACAAUGGCCCUGUUCCCUCCGAUCGCUUGUUUGUUCGCCGCCGGCAAAUGAAGCAGCUCGCGUCACGCUUCGCGGCGACGAUCACGAUCGACCCGUCGACUGGAAAAGUGCAAGAGAUGCGCCCCCUCACGACUCCGCUCAUGGAGUACACCGUCAGCAGCGACGCGCCGGCCGAUGGCAAGCCGCCGCUGCCAACCGGUGCGGUAUUCGCACUGGCCGCCAACGGUACCAACCCCGACGCAUAUCUGGUGAUCGAUCUGCACGAGCCGCGUGCCGGCGCAGCCACUUGGCAUUACGGUGCGGCACGGAUGACCAUUUGCGGGUUGGAUCUCCGGCUCGACAAGCAGACCGUGUGGAGCGUGCCGUUCGUGGAACCGGUGCCAACGCCGUUUGAGAAUUGGACGUUCUACUACUCGGUUCGCGACUUGCAACCAAAAUAA